AUGGGCGAUUUCAACCUCGCUCUCGUGAUUGUCGCGAUCGUUGUUUGCGUCAUCGUCUUCAUCUCCAGCAUCUACCUCCUCGUCAAUUACCAGCAUCCGGAUGAUGCCAACCAGGCCUAUUUCCCCAAAUUCGUCGUUGUUUUCGGUUUGUCUAUUGCCAUGAUCUCGAUCCUCAUGUUACCGGCGGAUGUGGCAAAUCGGCAUGCUUGUCGACAUGCUAUUUACAACGGCGCUUGCAAUCUCACCUUGCCCAUGAAGGAGCUUUGGCUUGCCAUUUACAUCGUGGACGCUAUUCUCGUCUUCUUUGUCAUCCCCUUCGCAAUGUUUUUCUAUGAAGGCGACCAAGACAAGAGUUUGGGAAAGAGGAUAAAAAGUGCCUUGAUUUGGGUGGUAACCACUGCUGUGGUUUGUGCUCUAGUGCUUGGAAUUUUAUACGGUGUCAUUGGAAAGGUGGACUUCUCUGUCAGGCACUUGGCCUCUGCCACAACCUCUUUCCCUACUUCCUGGCAGUUUUCAAAUAAUCAACCAUGCAUCGGUAACACCGCUCGCCAGUGCUCAGCAUUUACAGCUAAUGUCACAUCUGAGAAAACGUGGACCAUGCGUACUACUUUUCCAGAAUACAUUGUUGCUCUUGCGACAAUUGUUGGGUCAGUUCUUUUCACGAUAUUUGGUGGCGUUGGUAUUGCAUGCCUACCAUUAGGGCUUAUCACUGCAUUCAUCAGGCGACCAAAAGCUGUUAUCACUCGGUCACAAUAUAUAAAGGAAGCAACUGAACUAGGUAAAAAGGCAAGAGAACUAAAGAAAGCAGCUGAUGAACUUCAUCAGGAAGAAAGAGGUGGUGCUAAGGGCAGGAAAUGGAGGAAAAAUGUGAAAGCAGUUGAAAAGGAGCUGCUCCAAUUGGAGGAAGAUGUGAACCUCUUAGAAGAGGCGUACCCUCAAGGAGAGAAGGCAGAAACUGCAUGGGCUUUCACUGUGCUCGGAUACUUGGCCAAGUUCAUUCUUGGAAUCUUAGGAUUAAUCGUUUCUAUUGCUUGGGUUGCACACAUCAUCAUAUAUCUACUUGUCGACCCUCCUCUCUCCCCUUUUCUUAACGAGGUUUUUAUAAAGCUUGAUGACGUUUGGGGUCUUCUGGGCACUGCUGCCUUUGCUUUCUUCUGUUUCUACCUUCUACUCGCUGUUAUCGCUGGGGCAAUGAUGUUGGGAUUGAAGCUGGUCUUCAUUACCAUUCAUCCGAUGAAAUGGGGAGCUACUCUAAUGAACUCUUUCCUCUUCAACGUCGGUCUCAUUCUUCUUUGUUCCAUCAGUGUGAUUCAAUUCUGUGCCACUGCAUUUGGAUAUUACGCUCAAGCCACAGCUGCUCAGGAGAUCUUCGGCCACACACUGCAGUCCCUUCGGGGAAUUAAGUACCUAUACAAGUACAACGUGUUCCAAAUCGGGUUUGUUAUCUUGGCUGGACUGACCUUUCUAUAUUACAUUGCCUUUGGAUGGAGAAGAAAAAAACCUAGCGGCCGUUUCCAACUCUCUACUUAA